GAUAGCUCAACACAGAGAUCUCCCUCUCCCCCUCAUUUUCAGACAGAAGGCUUUGAAUGUAAAGGUCCUCUCCCAAAGGGCACCAUGUCGAAUAUCUACCUGUGUGUGCUACUUGCUGGUCUCUGUGUGCUUGCCAACUGCCAUCAUGUCCCUGGACACCAGGGUGGCCACGAUGGGCAUGAACAUCCACAGGAGGACCAACCACCAACUGAAAGUCACCAAGAGAAUGGCCUUUUGUCCUAUCGGAAGAUAGCCCCAAGUGCUCUUGAUUUUACCCUUAAAUUCUACCACCAGGUGCAUCCCAAGGCUGAUGGAAAAAACAUUUUCUUUUCUCCAGUGAGCAUUGUCAGUGCCUUUCUUCUGGUAGCCCUGGGAGCUAAAGGAAACACGCUCGAUCAGAUUCUUUCAGGACUUUGCUAUAACCAGUCCAUGACCAGCAUGCAGGAAAUAGAUGAUGGAGUCCACCACCUCCUACAAUGGCUGAACCGUCCAGAGGCUAAACUUGAGCUGAGUACUGGGAGCGCCCUUUUCACAGCUGACAAAUUUCAACUGCAACAGGAGAUCCUGAAUAAGGCUCGAGAUUUGUUCCAUGCAGAUGUCGUUCCUGCAAAUUUCAAGAACCCUGAAGAAGCUGUGACCCAGAUCAACAGCUACAUAGAAAGGAAAACCCACGGGAAACUGGUGGAUGUUGUCAAGGGUCUAGACCCAGAAAUGGCAAUGGUUCUUGUAAACUAUGUUUUCAUGAAAGGUUAUUGGGAAAAGCCUUUCAAUCAUGAGUUAACUCGGAAGAAGGCCUUCUCCAUCAAUAAUGAAACAACAGUGCAGGUGGAUAUGAUGUACAGAGAUGGAUAUUAUCUUACCUAUCAUGACGAUGAGCUGGACUGUGACGUGGUGCAAAUCCCUUACCAAGGCAAUGCGUCAGCGCUCUUCAUUCUGCCUCAGAAAGGAAAACUGCACCAGGUGGAACAGGCUCUGGGGCGAGAAGUUUUCUUAAAAUGGGAGGCUUCCCAAAAACUACGGAGAAUAGAGCUGUCACUUCCAAAGGUUUCACUCUAUACCAGCCAUGAUGUCAAAGAGGCAUUAAUAGGAUUAGGUGUUACUGAGGUAUUUACAGAUCAAGCAGAUUUGUCUGCCUUCACUGGACAUCCCGAUUUGAAGAUUUCAAAGGCUUACCACAAAGCUUAUUUGAAUAUUCAUGAGAAUGGCACUGAAGCAGCUGCUGCCACCGUCAUCGAAAUCGUCCCUACUUCUCUCCCCCCUGCGGUUAUAUUUGAUAGACCCUACCUAUUAAUGGUCGCUGACCACGUUGCCCGUGUCCCCUUAUUCUUUGCGAGAAUUAUGAAUCCUAUUGAGCAUUAAUCUCACUGUUAGGAUGCUAAAGAGGUACACUUAACACCCAAGUGCUGGCUUAAUAUAUACAAAGAGAUUGCUGUUGGUGUACAUUCUUGAGCAAAUUAAAGAAUGAUGCAAUAA